AAUUUAUUGCCAUUAACAGCGGCAAAAUUUGAAAAGCCGACAUUCGUCUUGCUAAUUAGCGCUAGUUGAUGUUAUUUCCACUCUGAUUUAAAACGGCAAGAAUAAAUCGUUUUUUCAAGUUUCUAUUCAAGAAAUUAAUCAAGCAACAAUGUUGAAGCUCGUAACAGUAGCGUCGUGUUAUUGCGAGUGUGUGUGAUGCUGUGCGAAAUAUUGACGUUUGCAAAAUGCGUUUUCCUGUUGUUAUUAACCGGGAAACUUAUUUAUUACAGAUUGUCCUUAGCUGGCUGCAUCCAGUCACAAUGCUACGGCUAGCUGUCUAGCAACCCUCAGUUCUGUUGAACGGAGUGGAGCUAGCUGACUGUUAGCUUCAUGUCAGCGCUAGCUAGCAACCUGGGCUGACAUUCCGUGACAAGGGGAAAGUGAAGAAAAUAACCCGAGUGAAGAAAAACACUAAGUUGGGGAUAUCGGAGGAGUGGGAAUGACUGACACUCCACCCAGUGAUGUCCCCUCUCAGGGAGCUGAGUUUGACAUGAUGGGUGCUCUGGACUGGAAGGAUGGUAUUGCGACAUUGCCAGGCAGUGACAUCAGGUUCCGCAUGACAGAGUUUGGGACUCUUGAGAUUGUCACAGACCUAGAGGUCAAAGGGCAGCAGUCAGAGCCUAACAGUGAGACCUUGGACCCAGCGCAGUCUCACACUCCCACCCCUCCACCAGAGGGCCAAUCACAGACUAACACAGCCACUGCUCCAGCCAAUCAGAGUCAGCCAGGAUCCUCUCAAGCUAAAGCCCCUGGUCCUGUGCUUCUGUCUUUAGAGGAGGGCCACAGUAUGGAGGGCCCCAGUGUGGAGGUCGGUCCCAGUGUUGAAGUUGGCUCUAGUGCAGACACAGGCCCAAAUUUGGAGCUGUCAAGGUGCCGGGCCUGCGGUGGCCGUGUUCCCCAGGAUGCCCUCUUUCAGGGCAAAUUCUGUAGCUCCAUUUGUGCCCAGCCCUCCAGUGGCAGAUCAUCUCCAGGAGAAGCAAGGGAGAGUCAAGCAGCUGAGGGUGAGAGGCUGGGCAAACGUGUGCGCAAAAAGAGGAAGAUCUAUAUGGAUUCUGGUGAUGAAGAGGAAGAAAACCAAGAGGAACCAGAGGAAAAGACCAAGUCUACCAAAGGCAGAAGAGGUGCCAAAAUUGCCAAACUGGUGACCACCCCAGGCAACAAGAAGCGGGCGUGGAGCUGGCCCGCUUACUUGGAAGAGGAGAGAGCCAUCGCUGCUCCUGUAAAACUAUUCAAAGAGCACCAGUCAUUUCCUCAAAGCAGGAACAGUUUUAAGGUGGGAAUGAAACUGGAGGGGCUGGACCCGUCUCACCCGUCUCUCUUCUGUGUACUCACUGUUGCAGAGAUCCAAGGCUAUAGGGUAAGGCUCCACUUCGAUGGUUACCCAGAGUGCUACGACUUCUGGGCCAACGCCGACUCGUGGGAUAUGAAACCAGCUGGCUGGUGUGAGAAGAAUGGACAUAAAUUAUUGUUGCCUAAAGGUUGUAAGGAUGGAGAGUUUAAUUGGAGCAUGUAUGUGAAGAACUGCAGGGGUCAACUGGCCCCAAAACACCUUUUCAAGAGCCUCAACACAUCUGUGACUCCAUCUGGAUUUAGAGCAGGGAUGAAGCUGGAGGCGGUCGACAGGAAGAACCCGUCGUUGAUCUGUGUAGCAACCAUCGCUGCUGUUGUCGACAACCGACUGCUCAUUCAUUUUGACAACUGGGAUGACACGUAUGAUUAUUGGUGUGACGCUAGUAGUCCAUACAUUCAUCCUGUGGGGUUCUGUGAAGAGGCUGGGCUAACUCUGACCACUCCAGCUGGUAAGACACAGACCAAGACACAUGUGGAAUACAAGCAACCCAAAAGUUUCUCAUGGGAGAAGUACCUGGAAGAGACGGGGACUCAGGCUGCUCCUGCUCGGGCUUUCAAACCGCGACCUCCACAUGGCUUCCAGAUUGGGAUGAAAAUGGAAGCUGUCGAUAAGAGGAACCCCAUGCUCAUCCGUGUUGCGACUAUAGCAGACACAGAGGACCACCGACUAAAGAUUCAUUUUGACGGCUGGAGUUCAGAGUACAACUACUGGGUGGAGACCGACUGCCCUGAUCUGCACCCAGUAGGGUGGUGUCAGAAAACUGGACACCCGCUUCAGUACCCUAAUGGCUCCAGUGAUUUAUUAGCUGCCCCAGGACAAGGAUGUCCUACCCCAGGAUGCAAUGGGGUUGGCCACAUCAGAGGACCUCGUUAUGGGACCCACUACACUCAGGUGAGCUGUCCCUACUCAGAGGUGAAUCUGAACAAGGAGGGCUUGCUGCCAGAUCGCCUCAGUGGGGAACGACCACUCGCCCUCAGUGGACCUCAUCCUCGUGGGCGACGUCCCGAUCCGCACACCAACACUACAACACAGACCUCCUCGACACCAGACCAGCAGGAAGGAGCAGAAGACUCCCAGAGCAGGAAACCGGUGACAGUGGAAGCCGAACGCUCAGGACGCAACAGCCAAUCAGAGCCACCAGGUGGGGGCAGUGAGCAGGGCCACAAUGGAACGAGGCCUAAACGGACUGCUCCAGUUCCCAGAUACCUGAAAAUGCACUACGUUAAGGAGGAGAGUGGUGAUAGUAAAGCCUCUCCAGACACCAUCUCUCUCCAGCAAGCCCUCCACGAGUCCGUGUUUUCCCCCAGCAUCUCUGCGUCUCCCCCCCAUCGGGUGGCCCUCUGCUGGGACAAACAUUGCCAGCUGCUGCCUGAGGUCCUGGGGCUGACUGCCAAGAGAGUGGCCUCUUGGAGUGCUGAGGAGGUGGCCACUUUUGUCAAAGGACUCCCAGGAUGUAAAGAACAUGCUGCUACAUUUAAAACAGAGCAAAUAGAUGGCGAGGCCUUCCUGCUGCUCACCCAAGCGGACAUCGUCAAGAUCCUGUCAAUCAAAUUAGGACCCGCCCUGAAGAUCUACAACUCCAUCCUCAUGCUGAAGAACGCUGACGAAGAAUAAGACCUGAAUCACUCGCUCUGUACCGGUACCCUCUGCUCUGGUUUUAUCAACACUCAGCUAAACACAUUUGAUAACGUCUGUCCAGCUCUGUGACGGUGCAGCUACAUGAGAGAAACAAGUGGAAGCCAUCAUCUUUAAAAAUGUCUUUAAACAUCUCUCCCGUCUCCUCCCUUCCUCUCUCCAUGAUGGACCGUACUGAUCAGCCCUGAGGGAGAGUUUUACGUGAUACCAUGAGGAUUCCUCGAUUUAUAUCGUGUUUGUUUACUGAAUCAUUAAAAAAAAAAAAAAAAGAAACUUCAAUGCUUCUUAACAUUGUACAGUUUAGGAAUUGGAUUUAGUGUCAAGAUUCUGUUGCAUUUCCCGUUUUAUUUGAACUUUAAUGGUGCUUGAGCUUGGAGCAGAAGGAACAAGCGUUUUUGAGAUUUGUUGCUUUUUACUUGGCAACAGGUCUUUUUUUUUUUUUAAUUAAGCUGCAAAUACAAUCGUGAGGUGUUGAGUACCUUUUAAAUGUGAAACCCAGUGGAGCAGAAGCACUAUGUAGUUCAGCCUUUUUCCUCUAGAUGGAGAAAGUGGGCCACUCGGCAGGCCCAAAGGCAAGAGAGUUUGUUUAAAUUGGAGUUGGCUGAAGCUUUGAUUGGGUGGGGGAGGGCGGGUGGGGUGGUUAAAACUUUGUGUGUUUGUGUGUGCGCAAAUGUGACUAAGUGUGUUUGAGAAAUGAGGAUAUCAUUUCCCACCAGCCCGUGUGUGUUGAUUUUCUGGUCAGAGGAUUGUUAUGUGACAGAGCUAAGGGCUAAAUGUAAAAUCAAGGAAACUUGCAGUCUUUUAAAGUGGAACGAGACAGUGAACCGGCUCUGUUCUUCUAUAUCUGCAUUUUUUGGGGAGACGGCACAUGAAUAUGAAUGUUUAAAAAAAAAAACAGCUUUCGGUUGUUUUGUUGAUAUCUUGAUAUCUUGUUUGGUUUAAAUAAUCUCCGUCAUUCACACUGUAAAUAGUAUACAGCUACAACUGGACUGUCCUCGAGUUUAUUCCUGCUUGGUUAUGCAAAGGCUUGACAUCUGUCCUCGGGGACGGACAAUGUGACAGCGAACUGAAAAACACGAGCCUCAAUUCAUACAUAGAUUUUGAGAAAAAUAAACAUUGUGUCUUUGUAAAUCAGCGUGUACUUCAACAAGUUGGAAUGUGUACAUCAGCAACUGUUUAUAUGCAAACAGCUUUUAUUUAUGUAUUCUAAUUUAAGGGGUAAUGGUACGCUGUUAUGGCUCUGAGGUAACUGUGGCUGUUUGAUGGAAUGGGUGGAAAUAAAUGAGAUGCACACAGCC